GUGAAAAGUGGACGCUUAAUAUUUACGUCGUUCUUCAGAUUGAGAAAAUAUCCUCUAAGAUAAUUUUAUUGUUUUCUUGUUACUGUUUAUAAAAUUUAAACUCCAAAAGUUUUGUUUGUUUAUUUAAUUGAGGAAAAAAUUGUAUAAACUAUUUAAUUAAAUCCAAAAACCGUAAAAUCUGGUUCCGAAUAUAUAAUGUAAAUCUAGAUUAGCUGAAAAUUUUAAAACAACAACAAAAAAAAGGCGUGAAAACAAUUUUUUUUAAAUAUUUCAAAUAGUAACGUGAUAACGAAGUACAUCAAGAUGUAUUCGUCUUUAGUGGUGUAUUUUCUAUCUGUUUUAUUAUUUUCUUUAUAUUUAACUGCUGCUGAGAGCAUAGACAACGACUGGUGGCAAACAGCACUCAUCUAUCAAAUAUAUCCGAGGUCCUUCAAAGACAGUAAUGCUGACGGGAUCGGGGACUUAAGUGGAAUAACAGAGAAGCUACCGUAUCUAAAGAAGACAGGAGUAGACGCUAUUUGGAUGUCACCUAUCUUCUUGUCACCUAUGAGGGACUUUGGCUAUGACAUCACCGACUACAGGGAGAUAGCGCCGGAGUACGGCAACAUGGAACACUUUCAAUUACUCAUGAAGACGGCCAAGGAAUUGGGUAUACGAGUAAUCUUGGACUUCGUUCCGAACCAUACUAGCAACGAGAGCGACUGGUUCUUACGCUCAGUGCGACGAGAGCCCGGGUACGAGAACUACUAUGUGUGGGCUGACGGCAUCCCCGACCCUCACACACCGGGAGUCUGGCAACCUCCUAGCAAUUGGGUGAGCAACUUCCGAGGCAGCGCUUGGCAGUACAUAGAGGAACGCGGUCAGUAUUACCUGCACCAGUUCGCCGUCGGCCAGCCCGACCUCAACUACCGCGAGCCGCGCCUCCACGAUGAAAUCAAACAAGUGCUGCGGUUCUGGCUGGAGCAGGGCGUGUCCGGAUUCCGAGUGGACGCCAUCAACAUGCUGUAUGAAGCGCGGCCCGAGGACUUCGGCGACAGAUAUCCAGACGAACCACGCACAGGUAUCUCAGGCUCCACUCCGGAUGACUACACUUACUUGAAGCACAUUUACACAAGGAAUCUAAAGGAGACGUACGACGUUGUAUACUCCUGGCGCGAACUUUUAGACGAGUAUACGAAGUCUCAUGGAGAACACAAGCUUAUGAUGACGGAGGCUUAUGCAGAUAUUAGCGACCUCAUUAAGUACUACGGUAACGGGAACAGAGAUGGCGGUGUACCUUUUAAUUUCGCCUUCCUCGGAGAUAUACAUAAUACCUCUAAUGCUUACGAUAUCAAGCUGGUCAUUGAUAAGUGGAUGACUUAUAUGCCUAGUGGGAAGACUGCUAACUGGGUGAAUGGCAACCACGACCGGAGCCGGCUGGCGUCGCGGCACGGCUCCGACCGCGUGGACGCCAUGAACAUGCUGGCGUUACUGUUGCCCGGCAUCGCCAUCACCUAUCAGGGCGAGGAGCUGGGCAUGACGGACGGCUACGUGAGCUGGCAGGACACGCUCGACCCGCAGGCUUGCAACACCGACCCCCAGCACUACGAGCUGAGCUCGCGCGACCCGGAGCGCACGCCCUACCACUGGGACGCCAGCCGCCACGCCGGCUUCUCCGCCGCCGCCGGCCGCACCUGGCUGCCGCUCGCCGACAACUAUGCUACCUUGAACCUCGCCAGCCAGCUGACCGGCAAGAGUCACUAUACGUUCUACAAAGAUUUGGCGAGUAUCAGAAAGAAACCGGCAACUAAAUACGGUGAUCUGGAGACUAAAGCUAUAACUGAAUCUAUUUUAGUAGUUAAUAGAUUAUUACCAGGUUCACCAGGUAUAGUGGGCAUUGUCAAUCUGUUGGACAAAGAUGAGGUUGUUAAUUUAUCGUCACUCCGGCUGCUGCCAGAUAAGAUGGCGGUAGUCGCAACUGGAGUUGACUGUUCUCUUGAUAAAGGAAUGCCACUAAGCAAGGCUAAUUUACCUGUAUCUGCACAUUGCGCUGUUGUGUUUGAAACCCUGUCUAAUUGUUGUUGAAAUUGUACAUUUUUACACAUUUAAGUUGAUUACAUUGUUUUACAAUUUAAUAUUUAAUUACUGUAAUAAAGUUCUAUCCCAAUAAUCUUACUAAUAUUAUGAAAUGAAAAUUUUAGAUGUUAGAGUUUGUAGCAUAAACUGCUGGAGUCAAUGAAGUUUGUUACAGACAUAGAGGAUAGUGCAGAAGAAUAUAUACGCUAUUUACUUUUAUUACAUAAAUUCCAUGCAAACAGAAUCACAGACUAGUUAAUAAUAAAUGCCAUGUACAAGGCAUAUAACAGAGUACUUUUUAUGAAAAAAAAAUCAAUCUAUAUGAACAUAAACUAAGCAGUGUAAAAGUUACUGUCAUUGUAGUUCAUUACCUGAAUAUACAUAAGUGUAAGUAUAUAUCAGUAUUGAAUUAUAAGUUAUUAUAUUUGUAAAUAAACAAAUAAUUUAG